UCAGCAUUUGUUUACACGGGGGGCCGCUUGUUGCUGCAGCCCGGAGAUCCGACGUGUGACCUCAACAUUUAGCCGGAGGGAGAGGGCUGGAGAACCGAGAACCUCACAGGAGAGCAGGAGAUAAGAGACAGGCUGUAUUUAACAAGGAACGGGUCUGAAAUUGACUGGUUUCAUUGACUUCCUGGUUAGAACGCAAGGACCAUUGUCUCUGACCGGAGUCUGAACAUGAUUGGUCCAGGCUAAAACGAUACAUUCUCCAGUGGCUGUAGCAGUUUUCUAUGACUCCGUUUUUAGUCGCUGGCAAUAUUUUGCCUCGUUGUUUGUGGGGCCGCUAAUGGUUGAGGACAUGGCUCCUCACAGCCCAGAAGGCUAGGGAAGCUGCCGGGCGGAGAGAGGGAUUACUUCAGCGCCGCUGCUUGCGCAAUGCCGGUGGAUAAUUCGGCAUUGCAAGGCAGCAUUAUGCGACAGCUCUGGAGCCAAACACGUUGCCGGUUAGGGUGGACUUUUUUAAUGAAUGUAUUUCUGCUGGGCUCCUUCGUGCCUUCGGAUGUUGGAAAGGGAGUUCUAGGCCAAGAAAUUAUCCAAGUGAACGGUGCUUUCGACAAAGUCUAUCUCGUGGUCGUCAAUAACAGCGUCCAAAACAUAUUCGCUUUCAAUCACACGGUUUCUCGGGACAAGACAGAGGGAGUGCGCGUCCACGUAAAUGUUCUCUCCGAGCAAGCCAAAAAUCCGGUUCUCUUUGUGAUCCGACAGCAGAAAGCGGUGGUCUCCUUCCAGGCACCACUGAUGCUCAGGGGUCUGUAUCAGAGGAAAUACAUCUAUCAGGAUGUGAGCCGCACACUUUGUCAGCCAGAAGUUAAAAGUGAAUUGAAGAUGCAGUAUUUCUAUGUGGAUGUCUCAACACUGUCAGAAAAGAAUGCCUCUGUCCAACUCUACGUGAAACGCAUCCAGCACUUUGUACUAAGAACUGCAGAACCGUUCAGAUUUAAUGCAACGCCUUCUCAACCUCAGUACUUCAGAUACAAGUUCUCAGAUGGAGAAGAGUCUGUAAUAGUUAAAGUGAGCUCGGAUUCUGCAUUUCCUUGUUCUGUGGUCUCAAUUCAGGAUGUCCUGUGCCCUGUCAAUGAUUUGGACAACAAUGUUGCAUUUAGUGGUACCUAUCAAACUAUGACAAAGAAAGCAGCCAUUACUGUACAGCGGAAGGAUUUCCGAAACAGCAGUUUUUAUGUAGUGGUGGUGGUGAAGACUGAGGAUGAGGCAUGUGGUGGUGCCCUGCCCUUCUACCCAUUGAAAGAAGAUGAGCCGAUGGGUUUGGGGAAUCGAACAAAAAUCCUGAAUGUGACUGUGGUGCCAGCUGUGAAUUCAGUGGCCUACGUCAAUGGGGUGCUCUUCAGUCUGGGGAUUUUCCUGGCAUUUUACCUGCUCACACUUCUCAUUGCAUGCUGGGAGCAUAGAAGGCAGCAAAGGAAAAGAGAGAGACUCUUGGGGAAAAACAUCUCAUCUCCGGAUCAGUGUGCUGGCGGUUAUACUCCCCAGAGCCCUGACCUCUACACUGGAAGCUCAGCUUGUCAAAGCUAUGGCUCCUUUGAGAAUGGCUCCGUUCUUGGGUCAGAGGCUGUUACAGACAGCAUGGAGUCAGAUUCUACCUGUGGAUAUAUGGAGAAACCGUUGGACAAUGUGAUCCGACCUCGCCUCGAUUCUCUCAGCUCCAUUGAAGAAGAUGAGUAUGACACACUGGCAGACAUUGAUUCCGAUAAAAACGUUAUCAGAACCAAGAAGUUUCUCUACGUCUCUGACCUUGCAAGGAAGGACAAGCGAGUUCUCAGCAAAAAAUACAAGAUCUACUUCUGGAACAUUGCAACUAUCGCAGUUUUCUAUGCCCUGCCGGUGAUUCAGCUGGUUAUCACAUAUCAGACGGUUUUCAAUAUCACAGGGAACCAGGAUAUCUGUUACUACAACUUCCUGUGCGCUCAUCCCUUGGGAGUGCUGAGUGCAUUUAACAACAUCCUGAGUAACCUUGGAUACCUGAUGCUGGGACUGCUUUUCCUGCUCAUUGUCCUGCAACGUGAGAUUCUACACAAACGAGCCCUGAUGCGGAAUGAUGUCUAUGCUCUGGAAUGCGGAAUUCCGAAGCACUUUGGAUUAUUUUACGCAAUGGGAACUGCACUUAUGAUGGAAGGUCUCCUCAGUGCCUGUUACCAUGUGUGCCCGAACUACACCAAUUUCCAGUUUGACACGUCGUUUAUGUACAUGAUAGCUGGCCUCUGUAUGCUGAAGCUGUACCAGAAGCGCCACCCAGAUAUUAAUGCCAGUGCCUACUCUGCCUACGCCAGCCUUGCCUUGGUCAUAUUUAUCUCCGUGUUGGGAGUGGUCUUUGGAAAGGAUUACAUUGUAUUCUGGGCUGUUUUCUCCUUUAUUCACAUCCUAUCAACACUUCUGCUCAGUAUACAACUCUAUUACGUGGGCCGCUGGAAACUGGAUGCAGGAAUAUUCAGAAGGAUAAUUCAUGUAAUUUAUACUGACCAUGUCAGACAGUGCAGUGGUCCUGCCUACAUAGAUCGAAUGGUGUUGCUGAUCAUGGGGAACAUUGUGAAUUGGUCAUUAGCUGCAUAUGGGCUUAUUCUGAGACCCAAAGAUUUUGCCUCAUAUCUGCUGGCAAUUGGGAUUUGCAAUUUGCUGCUGUAUUUUGCUUUUUACAUCAUCAUGAAGUUAAGGAGUGGUGAGCGGAUCAGACCGAUUCCGCUGAUCUGCAUUAUCUGCACAGCUGUGGUCUGGGGUUUUGCUCUCUUUUUCUUCUUUCAAGGUCUCAGUACGUGGCAGAAAACUCCUGCCGAGUCCAGAGAGCACAACAGAGAAUGCAUCCUGCUCCAGUUCUUUGAUGAUCACGACAUUUGGCACUUCCUAUCCUCCAUCGCGCUGUUUGGCUCGUUCCUUAUCUUGCUGACCCUGGAUGAAGACCUGGAUGAUGUACCAAGAGACAAGAUCUACGUGUUCUAAUCCCUGUUCAGCUAAAGGACAGUAAUAAUGUACUGCGGACUCUCUGCCUCUAUCCUCUUUGGCUUACUCCUCUUGAGCCGAAAGAAGAGAAACAGAACUCGCAGGGCAGUUGCAAGCAAGCCUGACGCAGUGGAAGCAGUUGCGACCCAUAUGCCCAAGGACUGCCUUGUUUUUGCGUUUCAAGCAACAAGUUUUUGUUGUUGAUCCUUGUCACUUUGCAUGGACCUUCAGCUCAAGAAAGACAGAUGUUGGCUUCUCCAGUGUUGAUUGGUGCCCAGUCUUUUAAGACACAACAUCAUUGUCAUCUGGGUUUACAAUUUUACUUUCAAUAGAUGACUAGAGUUUGAAGAAUUCGAUUUUUAUGCAGAAAUUUUGGAAUAAAUUCAGGCUGAGGCAGAAAAUGUGGAAACAAUAUUUUUCAAUGCCAACAUAUUUAUCACCAAUUUUUUCACUAUUUGAGUCCUAACCAAAGCUCUAUAGCCAUCAGGACAGGAAGGUAACAGAAAACAUCGCUGGUUAUAAAAUAUCCUUUUUGUGUUUUGUCACAGCCUUGCUAAUGGAAAGCUACAAAUAAUGUUUGUAUAUUGGUCUAGGUGGUGGCUUAAUAUUGUAUCCUACUUGUCGGAGGGCAUGAAGCAAGUGUAACACGAAGAUUUAUUGUAGUCUAUUUGUCUUUGAGUUCCUGGUGACCAAUCUGUGGGGCACAGUUGGCUUUAGAAGCUUUGUCAAAACCCAAGGCCAGUGCAUUGGUUUAAUCUCAGUAUAGACACCAGAGAAAGUAAAAUUAGACAACUUGCAGAGAUGAAGUGAUCAUAGGAAAAGUUAGUCUCAAUACAGAACCUAGCACAAAACUGGCACUAAUUAUUGUACCUUGUUAAAGGGGAUAAUGAAAUAAUGAUUAACUUAGUUGGUGCUUUGCUAUGCUGAUGGUUUAGAAUUGGAGUUGUGGUGCACUGUAUGGGAAACUCUGUAUUCAAUUAGCACAUAUUGCAAGCACAUGCACAAAUUAUAUUUGAUAUCUGCCCAAUGUGCAAAUAGAUGAGCCCUAAAAAUUGAUCCCUGGUUGGUCAUUUUACAGAACUGAAUUUUCAAGGGCAUUGUGCAAAAUGCUGUUUUGCUGUACAUUGGUAACUGUGUUACAAAUUGGGAUUUAAUUUCUAGGCAAUUUUACUUCUGCUAGAUAUAAUGUGGAAAUUAUCUCUCCCUCACCUUUAUGUUAUGCUGUGAAGAAAUGUCCCCAAAGGAGAGUUUAUGUGUUGCUCUUUCUCCCCAGAGGAUCAGUUUUCGGGACUCUAUUUUACAUUGUAAGCUCUGUUAUGGGUUGCAUCAGGGUUAAAUUUUGCCUACAGCUGAAGUGCUGAAUUGGUUUUAAUCUAUGCCUUGUCAUUGUGGUCUCUUUAAUGUCCUCAGGUUAAUUUUUGCUGAGUUUCCAAAAACCUAUCUGGGAGAUGGCCACAUGGGUCAAUAUGAUAUCAUGUAGUGGGCAUCUCCAGUGUAUUGCAUCUGUUAAGACUCUCAACACUCGAUGUCUGUGCAUCUACUCACAAAGGCUUGUAGCUGUUUGGCAUUCAUGGCUAUACAGUAAUGGGGUGCCUGAUAAUUUCAAGGGUGCAGUUCUAAUCCACGGGGAUCACUUCAAAUUGAGACACUGAUGACAGUGUCCUUUUUGAAGACCUCAUCGGUUGAAAAUGAGGCAAGUCUCCAUUAAGACUGAGAUGUAUAAAUUUUCAUUUUAAUAUUGCAAUUGUUCUUUGUAGGCGAGGUGACAGAAUUUUUGCAUGAAUCCUCCUCCCCCCAACUACUGUGAAGAUAAUUUGUAUAAUUAUGUAAUUUACAAGGUUUAUCAAAUCCCAUUUUCUGCAGUAGGACCUCUUAUAGAAACAUACUUGUUAUGCACAAAAGAUGUUCGAAUAGAAUGCUAAAUCUUUACAAAGUUCCAGUGCUGUUUUUCAGAACAGGAUGAGUUAACCUCUUUAUUAAUUGGAUAGCCAGAAUGCACCUUUUUAAAAAGCUGUUAACACCAUUUGUUGAUAUAAACUGUAUAAAAUCUACAUCCUAUGGUUGGGGUUAAAUUAUAAUGUGCCUAAAUUUCUAGCAGUAAAUUCUGAUCUUAGCUGGCUCAGGAAAUUGUAUUAUAUUUUAAGAAAAAAAUUAGUUAAUUAAACAGCAAACUUUUGUUUUGAUACUUUAUAGUUACAAACACUGGUAGUGAGUUAAUUUCAUUGGUAUUGUAUGUGAAGGGUUUGUUGGGCACUGGAAGAGGGCGAAUCUGGGUCAUAAGAUGCUUCGUAGCAAGUAUGAAUGUCUGGAAAUGUUGGCCGCUACUACUAGGUAGCACUGUUGAACCUUUGGGUAUCUGGUCAUUGGUCUGUUUCCGAUUUUCAUCUGGAUAAGUGGGCCUCACUACGAGGGGUGAUUGGUAAGUUUGUGACCUAAUGUAGAAGGGGAUGAGUUAUAAAGCUCUCGUUACAUGCAUGCGCAGUUCAACUCUGAGUGAUUAUGUAGAAAGUUUGAAGUUAAUAACUUUUGUGGUAUUUCUGUUUCAGAUACAGUAAUUGAAAAUUGCUAGGUUUUCUAAAAUUGACUCCUGCCUUAGGCCACAAACUUAUCAAUCACCUCUUGUACUGUGGGGUAGGGAGGUAAAUUGAAUAUCUCUGUUAAAAGUGAGAACGGGCAAAGUCAGAAACCAUUUAUCAGACCACAUGAGAUCAGAAAAAAAAUCUCUUGUACCCAGAAGUGCAGAGAUGUGAAACUUGUUUCUACAGCAAGGGAGAGGAGGAUACAGGAUUGUACGGAUUUAACUUGAAACAAGGUUCAGGUAAUCACUGGGCUGCUCACACAAAUUUCUCUCUGCAGAGUUAUAUAUGAUGUAAUUCUGUAGAGAUGUACGAAUCUUGCAGCUCUCAGUUGUAGUCAACUGCUUGGGAAUAAAUUGUGCUAGCCCAUUUUAAAAUUUCACUGGCCAAAUCCCACCCAAUACUGUCUGCAAUAUUGGGCUGUAAAAUGGCAAACUGUAGAGAAAUGCUGAAGCAGUAGAGCUCCACCUCAGGCUGGCCUUAGUUCAUGGUUUCCACACCCCACAGGGAUGCAGGCUGCACAGGCAGAUUCUCAACACUAGCUCUCUGUGAAACUCUAGCCUUAGCAAACAGUGACAAAAUCUCUGGCUAAUGGUAAUCCCUUAGAGAAUCAGAAUAUGUCCACUAGCCAGAGGGUUGAGAUGAACUGAUAGUUAUUGUAUCAAUGUGAAUGUGGUACUGUAACUUAGACCCACUAAGACUGUAAGAUAAUGUUUGUAGGCAAUGUUCCAGAGAUUGUCAAGGCAAAAGGGAUGCGGAUUACCCCAACUUAAUGUACAAUGCAGAAAACUAUAGAAUAAUGUAUAAUAGUUUUAACUGUGUUUUAGUCCAAUAACUUUGGGAAUGUGACAUUGCCAUUUAAAGCUACCCUUCUUUAAACAGGAAGGACAGGAAUUACAAUGCCCCUAUUCAAAAUUAAAGAAACAAAUCUAAAUAAUUUCCAAGUUACUAAAAAUAUUACAGAAAAUACAAAUGAUAAUUUAGUUAUAAAACACUGAGUUCAAAUCCAAGUGAGGGAAAAAUGGCUAAGGAUCAGACCAUUUCAGCAAAGAUUAAUAGUGUUGUGAACAGCAAUUUUAUAUUCUGCUUAUUCUGUUCAGCCAUGUGGUGAAUUUAUAGUUUGGUGCUAUUGGUAUGGCUCAUCAGUAAUUAGGGCAUUAAACUAUCAUUAGGGUGAUGGGAAUUCCAUACUGUACUAUACUGUUCAAUUCCAAGAUGUGCGCAGACAGAUUUCUCAAAGUGGAGGUAUUUAAAACACUUUCAAUUAAUGAUCUGAAACCCUGAGUCAGGAUAGUUUAAAAAUUACAGAUGCAUCUCAGCCACCCGGAGGUAGCUCAGACUGUGUUAACUGUAAUCAAGCUUGUGUAUAACUGUCUUCAAUCUUCCAGGCCUGGUAAAGGCUAAAGGUUGAGGCAUUCAUUUGGUUAAUAAAAACUCAAAGAAUGAUCCAGCCUUUGUUGAGAAGUGGCUCAGAUUUUCAACUUUUUACAAAAUAUUUGUCCAAUUCAUUUACUGUUAACUUUACAACUUGCUGUGCAGCAUUGUUACAGUAAAGCAUUUAAUGUCAUAGAAAAUCAUUACAAUAAAUCUUAAAGCCUAUUUAGUGUCUUA